CAAAGAGGAAGUCAUCACCAUGGCAAGCACAGGUGGGAUGGGGAUGUACCAGACCGGCAAGUGGAUUAGUGUAAUCGCAUCGCAUGCAACGCAAAGAAAUGUGUUCCUGACGCAGUAGCCUACACGGGUGGUGUGUGUUUUCUUUUCGUCAAGUGCAGUCAACUUAAACAGUAAUGCCAGCGACUGUGGGGGUAGGAACCAUCUCAUGGACGCUCUGGGACAUACUGGCGCAGGGGAAGGUGCUGGGAUGUGGGGCCUUUCUGGCCUGGCUUGUCCUCUUUCAUCUGCUUGUGAAUGUGUGGCUCCUGUGCAUAUUCACCAGCCUGCUGGUUGUGCUUGGAGGCUGGCUAGGGUCCCGGGUAGCGCUGGACGGAAACAGCCUCCUCCACCUGGAGCACUUCCUGCCUCUGUAUCCAUCGCCUCCAGCCCAGCCAGCGGUGGACAGCGAGCGUCGACUGGACUGGGAGAUCAACAGCGCAGUGAGCAAAGCUGUGCGAGACUUUGUGUCCUCAUGGUACCGCAGCCUUGUGACAGAGGAGGAGGGUGAGUUUGAGUGGGUGGUACGGGACACCAUGCUGGCCGCUGCGGUGGAACUGAAGAGGCGGGCGCGUCACGUGGACAGGCGGGCGGUGGCGCAGAGGGCCCUGGAGCUGUGUGGCUGCCACCUCCAGAGCUACAGCCACGCCCGGCAGCUUCAGCAGCAGGCACAGCCUGGGUCUGAGCCACCAGCCCAGGGGGACGCCGAGGGCCUGGGUCUGUGGCAGCUGUACUGCCAGUCCGAUGCGCCUCACCCGGCUCUGGCGAGCGCCGCCGCUGAGCUCAGCUACUCCAGAUCUGUGGUCGAUCUUCUCAUGCAUGUGCUCGUCCCAUACCCUCACUUGGAGACCCGGACAGGACGAUUUAUGGUAGGAGAGCUCAUCACUUGCAAUGUUCUCCUGCCGCUUGUGGCCAGAGUGUCCAACCCAGACUGGCUAAACCUCACCGUUGUAGAUGUUUUCACAAAACCCAGCUCGCCAGGAGACCCUGUAGAGGCAGAGAUGCAGGAAGCACCCCAUGAGGCUCAAGCAACACAGCAAGAUACCUGGAGCUCCAGUCUUCACUCUUUAAUGAUGUGGAAAUCGCCAGCGCCUAGCGAAAUGUCCAGCGUCACACUGACAGACGCCUCCUCUUACUCCUCAAUGGCUCCGACCAGCACUGACAGCAGUGCCCACAGCCUGUCCUCUUACGAAGAGCCCACUCAGUGCAGUGGAACCGGACGCCUCUUUGCGGGACGGGUCGGCCCGACCAGACCUCCCGUCGAUCUUCUCAGAAGCUCCCGCUGGUUCCAGGAGACGGACUCUGACCUGGAGUCCCCGUCUUCGGACGGGAAGAAGAUCUCGUAUGAGUCUCUAAACUCUAAAGAGGAGGACAGGACAGACCGGUUCUGCGACUGCGUGUCCCCCACCGACUUCUGUGGACUCGUGUGCUCUGACGAAGAGCCCUUUGGGUUCCUCAGUUCAGGGAAACGCUCUGCCCCAAAGGUUCCGGCAUCUGGGCAGCGCUCCUGGCCCGACAGCCCAGUGGAGGAGACGGCAGGCCCACUGCACCAGGGAAGCCCAUCAACAGCCUCCAGGAGCCUCUGUCUUCCCCCCUUCAAAUUCGAACCCCUGGGGAGUCCUGAGGGACCGGUUGCCAUCCAGAACCUGCGCAUCACAGGGACAGUUAUGGCCAAGGAGCACAGAGGCAGCAGUACACAUCUAUACACACUCUACACUGUGAAGUAUGAGACUACGCCAGAUUCAGAUGGCUCGGUAACAGACCAGUCAGUAGCUUAUCACACAGUGAAUCACCGCUAUACUGAGUUCCUCAACCUACAGACUCGGCUGGAAGAGAAGCCAGAACUCCGCAAGAUGAUCAAAAAUGUGAAAGGUCCCAAGAAACUCUUCCCGGAUCUUCCCUUUGGAAAUGCCGACGUAGACAAAGCAGAGGCGCGGAAAGGCCAGCUGGAGACAUACCUCAAACAACUCUGCGCUAUCCCUGAGACAGCCAACAGCGAUGAGAUGCAGGAAUUCCUGGGUCUCAACACAGAUGCUCGAAUGACAUUUGAGAAGAAGCCAAGUGUUUCACGGAUUGACAAGUUGGUGGUGAAUGCCAUAGUGGACACGCUGAAGACCGCUUUCCCUCGCUCGGAUCUCCCAAGCCCCACCGAGGAGGCAGAGGGAGACGCAGAUGGAAGGAACCAAUCAGAUGGCAAUAUCCGAAAACGAUCUCGCCUGAGAUUUUCAAGUAAGAUUGCACCAAGCCUCAAUAUCCCUGACCUGCAACCUAAAGUGAUGUACACUUUCAGCGAGGGGAGCACUGUGCUACAGGGUGUCUCCAUCACUGGCCUGGAGGGCCUUGUUCGAGAGCAGGAGCGGGUGAUGUGUGGCACCCAAAGGAGGGCCUCUGAGGAGGGCAGAGCCGUCGGCGUGGAGACGAGAGGAGGCCGAGGGCGUUCUGGAACUCUGGAGAGAAGAUCACGGUCGACAGACACAGCGCUGGCUGACGUGGCCUUGAACAUCCUCUGCUUGCUGAUGAAAGACCAGUGGAGCUGGUUGUGCACAGAGAAUAUCCAGAAGACCAUCAGACUGCUGUUUGGCACCUUCAUUGAAAGAAACAAACUUGGAGGAUGGGGGAAGAUCUCAUCAUAACAAGAGAAUGCUGAUACAGUGGCGCAAACUGCCAAUGUAUAGCUGCAAUCUUCUUAUGUUCUGACUGUCAGUCAACAACAGCGUUGACAGUGGAUCUCACCCCAGGCUCAUUCUUCUACUGUGUGUGUCCUCGAGCCACUUAUGCCCGUGACGGAUGAGUUUUGUGCCAAGGCCUAUUCAGGAGUUACCAGCAGCCCCACCACGUUCGGCCUUCUGGGAAAUGCCCUCUGAUCCAUGGCGAUGAGCUGGCGCUGUGCGUGGGAGGCGCGGGCUUAAUCAAAGCCUCACCCGGAGCCCGGAGCUGCGCUGGUUUUAUCCCAUUUAACCUUGAGGCGCAGUGGGGAUGCGUGCUGGUAACACGGGCCCUUUCCCAGGCAGACUGAGAGACCCUCACAGAACCAUCUCCUCCUUUGUCUUCUCCUCAUCGUGGCAAUUUGAGCGUUAGCGUUAUUAAAUCAAGGCUUUGGUCACUUAGUAACACAACACAUAACAGCACAUCACAAUGGAACACAGCGCAGUGCAAUGCCAAACACAACAUAGAGCGGAAAACUCUUGACUUUGAAAAACAUAGUAUUCUAGGAAAUGCGCCUUUAAUGUGUGAAAUACAUAGUAUUCUAGGAAAUGGGCCUUUAAUGCAUGAAAUACAUAGUAAUCUAGGAAAUGCGCCUUUUAAUGCGUGAAAUACAUAGUAUUCUAGGAAAUGCGCCUUUAAUGUGUGUAUUGUUUUAAAGCUAAAUACUCAUAUACUACCUCAAGGACACUAGAAGUUGGAAACAGACAAUCACAAUUCAAUGAAUUAACUAUUUGAAAACCGUGUCUUCUAGUUAUGCGUUCAGAAUUACAGAAUUGAUGUGAGUCGAGAAAUAUUGAUACCAAAAACUACAUAUUGCACCUUAAGAGAAGUGAUUAUAUGCACAAGGAAUGCAUUACCUUUUGAGUACCUAACGAAGACACUAUAAAAAUACCGAAAUAACAAAAAAGAAUUUGAUUUACUAUUAAUGUUGCUGCUUGUCUGGUUCAAGUGAUUUCUUCAAAAAAGCAUUUCAGCAGAUAGAUAAACUUUUGGCAGCAUCUGAAUGUGUGGUAAGGUCAUAUUUUAUUAUUCCUCUUUUCAUACUUGUGCUAGAACAUGCUUAUGUAACUUGAUUCGCAGACCGUUCCUUUUUUUCAGGUCUGGUGCCAGGCCAUAUUUUCUUUUAUGUGAUUGGCAAUAGUGUGGUUUUUCAUGGACUUUACUCAACAGCGUGUUUCUAUUUAGCCUCGAGAAGCGCUUCACGUUUUUCCUACGUGUCAGUGCUACAGGGCGACCCGGCCCAGGCGAGCAGAGCCAGCGGCAGGUCAUUUGGAGUCGGGCUGCGCUGACGACCGAUGCUCUGCAAACAGAUGAGGGAAAAGUCCCAAUCAUCCACCAUGGCCACUGCACCUCACUAUACUACAGAGGCCCAGGCCGUUAGCACUUCCUAAAAAAAAAAACUGCCCAUCGAUACCCCAUCAGCACUGAUCUUAAGAGGAUUCCUGUGAGAGCUGGUUUACAGUAAAGAAAGCUUCACACUUGCCCCACUGCCGGGAAAUAAUUGCUCCAAAUUUGACCUCUCUUUUAAAGGUUGAAAGUGGUGUGUUCACAAAAGCUGUGAGGUGUUUAUGUUCCAGGCACACCCGAUCUGCACGGGGUCUUUUGUGGCACGCUCUCCGCGGCGGACCUGCUGCCGUCUCACAUUGCACCAAUGUCAGGAAUGAGACACACACAGGAAUAACGCUGGAUUAAGCCCCGGGUCUGAAACCAUUUAGAUUCAUUGAGGAUAGAGGACGCUAGAGCAUGGCGUCGGCUUCUAAACAGACCGGAUGAUAUCACUGUUCAGACAGGGAAGAA